CGAUGAGCUGCCUUUAAUCUGGGAAAAGUCAGUACAGAUCCGAUGUUUUAGAAUCCAUUAAGAUAGCAUUCUGGACCCAAGCUUGUUCUAUAGCAUCACACUCUUUGGCUUUGUUUAAUAUUAGACUAAAAACUAUUGAAGAGCCCUUAUUGACAGCUGUAAGAAUGCUGAAAAAUGGGGAUGGAACAAACGCCCGAAGUCGAACAAACUUAGUUGAAGGUACUGUUGGUGCCAGAAAAAGAAAGGCAGACGUUGCUAAUUAUCUCCAGGAUCCAGACGAGGAGAUUGUAGAAUUACAGCUGACAAAGAAAAGACAUAGUGAGACUUGGAGGACCACUUGGAAAAGUACAAGUCCAUACAGAUCAAUUCCCACCCCUGAUGCUGAAUCAGAUUCAAGUCAGUCUAGUGCAGAUGUAACACUUCAAUCCACUGCAGAUGUGACACUUUGCACGUUCUUUACUCCUACUAGAUCGUCGCCACUGUAUAUAUUGGGCUGGGCAAACCAAGAGGAUGUUUGGAAUAAUAUGCUUUCUAAGGAACAAAAUUAUCCAAGAGAUAAAUAUUUUAUGCAGAAGCAUCCCCUUUUACAACCCAAAAUGAGGGCAAUCCUUCUUGACUGGCUAAUGGAGGUCUCUGAAGUUUACCGUCUGAAUCGGGAGACUUUUUAUUUAGCACAAGACUUCUUUGAUAGAUUUAUGGCUACACAAAAGAAUGUUGUAAAGACUCGGUUGCAGCUAAUUGGAAUAUCAUCAUUGUUUGUUGCAGCAAAACUGGAGGAAAUCUACCCACCAAAAGUGCAGCAGUUUGCUUACGUUACCGAUGGUGCCUGCACGGAAGGGGAAAUAUUUCAAAUGGAAUUAAUUCUUAUGAAGGCUUUAAAUUGGAGUCUGAGUCCAGUAACUGCUGUAACGUGGCUGAAAAUCUUCAUGCAGGUUGCAUAUUUAAAGGAGCUAUAUGAGGUAUUAUUGCCUCAAUAUCCCCCUCUGGUUUUUGUACAGGUAAUGGAGCUUUUAGAUCUUUGCAUUUUGGAUAUUGACUGCUUGGAGUUCACAUAUGGAGUAUUAGCUGCUUCUGCCUUGUUUCACUUCUCUUCAUUUGAGCUGGUCCACAAGGUUUCAGGUUAUGAAUGGAGUGACAUUGAAUUUUGUGUCAAGUGGAUGGUCACGUUUGCUUUGGCAGUAAGGGAGGCAGGACACUUGGAAUUGAAGAGCCUAAAAGGUGUAGCUCCUGAAGAUUUGCACAACAUUCAGACUCAUUCCAAGCAGUUGAUUUUGCUAGAUCUAACUAAAGAAAAACAAGCUACAUUGCUGGAACAGAACAGAACUUCACCAGUGCCUUCUGGUGUUCUCACACCUCCACAGAGCAGCAAGAAACAGAGUUCUACUUUUCAUGCUGUAUGAACACAGAUUUUAGCAUAAUUCUGCACUUAAUGCUGUGGGAACAUCUGACCCGGAUUUUUAAAGUUAAAAUCAAUUUGGUUCUUGCGCUGCGGAAAGGAUCCAAGUUCCUGGAAGUGUGGUGAUACAGGAUGCCAGACUUUGAAUUUAAAUUUAUAUGAAUUUUAAUUUUUUUUUUAUAUACAAGACAUCCAAGUACACCAGCCACCUACCUAAGGCACUGCACUGUGCUCUUAAUGCUGCUAAGGCAGGUUGUACUUGGUACUUGCCAGUUUUUUGGUGGGGAAAUCAACUUUAUAUUCUGAGGUUCUAUGACCAGUUAAGAGGUUAUGACCUUGCUGCUUCAGCAUCCUGUGUCUUGAACUGCGGUUAAACUGUAUUUUUACAGUAUUUGGUUUUAUGUAAAUGCUGCUAUUUGUAUCUUAUUUUUAAAUAAAGAUUAUCUCUGAUAUGCACACUUGGCUUUUAAAUAAAGUAAAAAUUAAAAAUUGAA